AUGGGGUUCUUCAAGGGCCUGGAUCCGACCAAAUUUCCCAUCGACACAUCUGUUUCAUUCCACCCCGAUAAGAUAUUCCUCCUCCAGUCAGCCCUCGGUCUGAACACAGAGACGCGCGUGAUCGAUUGCAGCGAGACAGAGGCUCCAGAUGGACUUGCUUACCCGCUACCGGAGGACUUCCGCGCUCAAGUCGAGGCAUUCGCACAGAAGAAUAAAGACAAAGCUCGGCCUGUCUACGUCCUGAAACGAAAGGCUUGGUAUUCCAUGGAUCUCGCGUUUGCAGACCAGGACGGCAACCGCCUCGCCUCGCUGUCUGGCUCGCUCUUCAAGCUGGGCACGCGAACUGUGACUUUUCCCGAGGGCUCGCCGCACUCGGCGCACGAUAUCGAGAGUCAACUCAUUGCACCGGGCCGGAGCGAGGAGGUCUUUGUCAAGGACUCGAAUCCUUUCUUUUGGGAUAUGGUGGAGAGCAAAGGGGCCCUGUACAAGCUUGUCGACGAGAAGCGGGUGCUUAUCGCCCUGUUUGCAGCCAAGCAUGGCUACACCAAGGACUGGGUACUCCUCCUCAACUCAGCAGAGCUGGAUGAGGUGGUGGCAAUCGCGACCUUCAUGAUGUUUCUCAAUCGUGUGGAUUAA